AUGGAAUCCUCUUCUUCUGCAGCAAUGACCCCGGAGUCUAACGUCUCCUCCUCCUGUUCAACCAAUGAUACACUGUCGUCAGCAAUGUCGAAACUAUCAAUGGAGGAAAAGAAGGGUCAGAGUACUUCGAAAGCCCUGAGCCAGGAAGACUUACUAAAGAGACUUCAGGCGAGAUGCCACUCACCGGCUCGUCUCAGAACCGAGGGCUUGGUCACAACUCCAUGUCCAAAAUCAGACAAUCCCCAAUGGAAGGGGAUAAUCCGCUUGGACCUGUUCAAGCGCACACUGGGUGGCCAUAAUCAUCACCAUAAGGGCAAACCUGGCAAUCGCACAGCCAGAGACGCAGUGGUCAUUGACUGCGAAAUGGUGCAAGCAGAGAAAGGACGGCGAGUUAUCGCCUAUCUCGCUGCCGUGGACUUUCUAACCGGUGAAGUCCUCGUCGACAGUUACGUUGAUCCCCAGAGGAAAAUAUUCAACUGGUGUACUCGCUACAGUGGGAUCACCUUUAGAGCUAUGAAGAAGGCCAAAGCUAACGGCGACGCUUUGCGUGGGUGGAUGGGGGCGAGACGCGCCCUGUGGGACUAUAUUGAUAGUGAUACCGUGCUUAUUGGGCACGAUAUAAAGAAUGAUUUGAACUGCCUCGGGAUGAUCCAUUCCAAAAUAGUCGACUCGACUAUCCUAACGGCAGAAGCUGUGUUUAGGCCGAGAUGGGAAACCCAGCGAUUUAGGAGGACUUGGUCGUUGAAGACCCUGUCGAGGGUGUUCCUCGAUAGGUCUAUCCAAGAUGGUUCUAAAGGGCACAGUGCGCUGCAGGAUGCUGUUGCCACGAAAGAUAUCAUUAUUUUCUGCCUCGAACAGCCUGAAUACUUGAAGAAAUGGGCGGAGUUCGCAAAAGGAGGAUGGGAGGAUAUUCCCGAUGACUUUGAGACACUGAAAUCUAUUGUCGAUGAUGGUCUCCAAAUCUCGGAUUACCUAUGA